AUGGGUCUGGCAUACAACAUCUAUCUCACUUCAAACAAAAUCUUCGGGUGUAAGCAAUGCAAAACUCAUCUCGCUGACUACGACGAUAUCAUAAGCCGGAAUUUCCGCGGCCAGCAUGGCAAAGCAUACCUCUUCGGCAAUGUCGUCAACAUCACCUCGUCUGAAGCGGUGGAGCGUAGCAUGACCACCGGAAGGCAUAUCGUCCGUGAUAUUCACUGCAGGCAGUGCAAGGAGACGGUGGGCUGGAAGUAUGACAAAGCAUACGAGGCCAGUGCCUUGAUGCGUGCCGGGGUGUCCAUCUUCUUUCCAGGGAUAUUGAUGACGUAG